GUCGCGACAGUCGGGGCCGAGGCCCAGGGGGAGGUGGCCUGUCGUGGGUCGCCCGGCUCCCGGAGGCGAGGGGGGCGCGGGCGGAUGGCGGAAGGCGCCCAGCCGCAGCAGUCGCCUCAGCUCGGGCCCGGCGCCGCUGCCCGGGGGAUGAAGCGGGAGUCGGAGCUGGAGCUGCCGGUGCCCGGAGGGGGAGGAGACGGAGCCGAGCCCGGCCUGAGCAAGCGGCCGCGCACCGAGGAGGCGGCGGCCGACGGCGGCGGGAUGCAGAACGAGCCUCUGACCCCAGGUUAUCAUGGAUUCCCAGCACGGGACAGCCAGGGUAACCAGGAGCCAACAGCAACUCCUGAUGCAAUGGUUCAGCCUUUUACUACAAUCCCGUUUCCGCCACCUCCACAGAAUGGAAUUCCCGCCGAGUAUGGAGUGCCACACACUCAGGACUAUGCCGGCCAGACCAGUGAGCAUAACCUGACCCUCUACGGCAGCACGCAAGCCCAUGGGGAGCAGAGUAGCAACUCCCCCAGCACACAGAACGGAUCUCUGACGCAGACAGAAGGGGGCGCACAGACAGACGGCCAGCAGUCACAGACACAAAGCAGUGAAAAUUCAGAGAGUAAAUCUACCCCGAAACGACUGCAUGUCUCUAAUAUUCCUUUCCGCUUCCGGGACCCUGACCUCCGGCAGAUGUUUGGGCAGUUUGGCAAAAUCCUAGAUGUAGAAAUAAUCUUUAAUGAACGUGGCUCUAAGGGAUUCGGGUUCGUAACUUUCGAGAAUAGUGCUGAUGCAGACAGGGCCAGGGAGAAAUUACACGGCACCGUGGUAGAGGGCCGUAAAAUCGAGGUGAAUAACGCUACAGCACGUGUAAUGACCAAUAAGAAGAUGGUCACACCGUAUGCAAAUGGUUGGAAAUUAAGCCCAGUCGUUGGCGCUGUAUAUGGUCCCGAGUUGUAUGCAGCAUCCAGCUUUCAGGCAGAUGUGUCACUAGGCAAUGACGCAGCCGUGCCCCUAUCAGGAAGAGGGGGCAUCAACACUUACAUUCCUUUAAUCAGUCUCCCUUUAGUUCCUGGCUUCCCUUACCCAACUGCAGCCACCACGGCGGCCGCUUUCAGAGGAGCCCACCUGAGGGGCAGAGGGCGGACGGUAUACGGUGCGGUCCGAGCGGUACCUCCAACAGCCAUUCCCGCCUAUCCAGGUGUGGUUUACCAGGACGGAUUUUACGGUGCUGACCUCUAUAUAGAAUCUGCAAACUGCUUCAGAUCAAACAGGGUGGAUAUGCAGCCUACAGAUAUGCACAGCCUGCUACUGCAACCGCAGCCACCGCUGCUGCAGCCGCCGCCGCCGCUUACAGCGACGGUUAUGGCAGGGUGUACACAGCCGACCCCUACCAUGCCCUCGCCCCUGCCGCUAGCUAUGGAGUUGGCGCUGUGGCGAGUUUAUACCGAGGUGGCUACAGCCGAUUUGCCCCCUACUGAAGUGACGUGAGACCCCUGCAAAUGGGACAGCCCCCCAGUUCAUGAGGCCUGGCUAUUGCAAUAUUUACUAGUAGAGGAACUCUAUAGCAAGAUGAAGAGGAAAAACAAACAAACAAACAAACAAAAAAAAACAAAAAAAGAGAGAAUACUUUUUUAUACCUCACUAUGUUCUUUGAAUAUGUAUUUUUCCUUUAAAUUUCUGCCUUUAAUUCUUUUGUUCCAAAGAUUGUGCAUUUUUUUCUUUUUUCUUUUCUUUUUUUUUUUUUAAACUGUGGUAAAAAAAAAAAAAAUGCAUUUCCAUGUCUGUAUGUCCGUGCUUAGCUUAUUCUAUCAAUCACGGAAGAGGCAGUUAAUGAGGAAGGAGAGGCAUUAGGAGUGGAUAAAAGCAUCUGAUCAGAAAUCAGCAGACAGAAUUACCAAAGUGUGUCUGGUGCUGCGUGGCUGGGGAACAAGAAGUGGGAGAGAUCUCUCUGCAGCAGGAUCUCCUUCUCGUCUCCUGAGUUUCUGGUCUUUGGCAGGCAGUUCUGAUUGGCUGUGGCUGGAAUCCACACACUAAUAGAUGGUAGGAAUUCAUGCUUGCAAAGCAGGAGAAUUACGAAGACACUUUCCUUUCCUCUUGCCUCCUGGCUUCUCCAUUCUUUUUACAAUCCUCUUACACGCACAGCCUGAGCCGGUUGGCAUCGUUUUUGGAAUUAUGGUAUUAAUAUUUCCAAACACACGCUCAGACUGUGGAUAAUAAACACCUCAUUAGGAAACCGGUCUCAGAAUGAACUCUGGAGUAUGAAAAAGAUCAUUCUUUUCUUCCCUGGAACCCCAGCGUCCCUGCUGGGCUUCUUCCCCGUUCAUUGAACCACAGCUUCGCUCAUCUCUCCUUUUACUCAUACCCUGCUCCCAUGUCCUCAAGAUUCAGGAAUUUCGGACCCAGGGACAGACGAAUAAAUAGCCAGUGGCCAGAUGUCUCGCAGAUGUGUGGACACAGCUUGAGGGCCAGAAUACAAACUGUUGAGCGCCAGUAAAGAGGGAGAGGGCGAGGAAAGGGGUGUUAGAUGAUGUCUGACAAGGCACCUUGAGGUCCCUCACUCUUUCCCAAAGUCAGCGCAGGGUCUAAAACACAUAACAGAGACUCUGUUGGCAAAAGAUAAAGCACAGAGUCCUAGAUCAGCUGUCCCUGGAGGUUUCGGUGAGGAGGGCGUGUAGGGCAGGCAAAGGCACUUUGUCUGAGCUCCAAAGCCAUAGGAAUUUUCAUCUUCCAGCCUUUACGAGUCACUUCUCUGUCCACAGUCUGGGGCCCUCUCGGCCAUUCCACCCAGCUUCUCGUUUCCUCCAAAGACACCCCACUGAGCACCUGGACCACUUGGUCUGUGCGAACACUACAGGACGUGAACUAGGAGCCCUGAGGCUGCCCCUCUCCUGUUCAGGAAGGUGGGACAGAAGCGGCCAGGGUCUCAUUUGCUGCCAGAAAGAGUCAAGUGGUAGCCUCAGCAGCAAGUCACUGCUCUCGCUACCCAGCUUCGACUUUAUGUCUCUUUUCGAGGUAGAGGAGACAGUGUUUCUCCUCUGGCUCUUAGCUGUUAAUGGUAAAGGCAAGGGUCCUGCAGCAUUUCCAAAAUGAAGGCAUUAGAAAAUAGAACAGCACGGUCCGUCUGGCUCCCUGGUCUAUUCACAUUGGUACUAGGGUGACCUUUCACCCGAGGGAUAGCUGCUAAAGGGAGUAAUUCAGAGACAUGGAGCUUCUGUUAUGGGUUUGUUUUGGUUUGCUUGGUUUUGUUUUGUUUGUUUUGUUUUGUUUUUUUACUCCUGCCUCCACACAUGUUCUUGACCGAUACCGACUCGUGUCCCUGAAUUAAAAUGACUGACAUGUGACAGCAUCAAGCAUUCUUUGUAAGCAGAGGGAUGUAUCUGGCAGGGACCUGGCCUGUCGUGUAGAAUACAUAUCCUCUCCCCCUUCGGAAUCCUCUCUCUGCUAAUAACCGGGAGAGCCACCCUGAAACCAGGGGGGGCGUCAAGGAAGCUAGAGGCCUCGAUGCAAUUCUUACAGAUUCUGGGGAGGAAAGCACAGAGUAGGGGGUGCCAAACUGCCCAGUCCGUUGGCCAUUUUUUUAAGGGUUCCCCUCCCCGAGCCAAAGUUUGGUUUGUUGCUGUUAAGACAAUUUUUGUUGUGUGUGUGUAUAUAUAUAUAUUUUAGUUGGGGUGGGGGAUGGGACGUGGGGCUCUCACAGGUCUAGGGAAUGAGGGCAGGGAGGAUAAUUUUCCUUUCUUUCUUUUGCUGUUGUUUUAAGGGAGAGCUUUUACUGACUCAAGAAACAGAGAAAUUUUGUGUCCUGUUCAAAUAGGAGCCAUUCUCACAAAUGGCAAGCCACGACUCAGUGGAGACAAGGCCAAAUUCUAAAUGUUGUAUCUGUAGCAGGAGAGGGAAAUCGGGCAGCGAGUCCAAGAAUGUUCUAUCUAUUCUUUUUUCCAGAAAGAGGUAAGGAUGAUGGGAAAGGCAGAGAAGGCAGCUCCCACAGCCCCCAAGAGCGGCCGGAGCCUGAGCGCUUGUGCAUUUCAGUUCAGCUGGUUCUGGCUGAGGACUCCUUAGGCAGGCUCCGUGUUUUCCAGCGGGCCUCUGCUGCAUUUCCAGGGCUGGUUUUAACACUGCUUCCUUCAGCUCCCUGUACUAAGGACUCCGUAGAGCCCCGCUUGUUAUUAAAGCGCCCUUGGUUUUCAGUGUCAGCACUGAGAAUCCAGGCUCUCAGAGCGCCUCGGUUUGAUGGUAUCAACCUCCCCAUCCGCCUUUGAACUUCGAGACUCCAUACAGGCAGUUUCAUCAGAGGCAGGUUCUUCACAGCAUCCGUGCUUGUUUAUUCCUGACUCUGGUUCCCAUUGGACUAAGGCACAGAGUCAGAAGAGAGUUGGGCAUCUUGGGAGUUUGUUAGAGGAUGUGCUGGUGGAUGAUUCCAAAAACCCUCUCGAUGCCGAGUCACAGUACGUGAAUUUCGACAGCUCUGCUCCAGGCAUGAGGCGGACGGACUUCUCUCCCGAGCAUCUCAGUCUUAGAGGCCAGGCUCCUUGCAGGAGGCCUCUGGGGAAGACCUUCAUCUGCACACCCCUCUUUCAGCCCAGAGAGCCGCCCUUAGCGCUUCUUCAGAAUUCCUUACGUUACCUAGUUCGACUCCCACCAACCCCCGUCAGCUGUUGUGAGUCAUCAUUUUUAAGGCUCUCAGGUUUUGCAAAACCUACCCUCCUCCUCCUCCUCCACAGCCACAGUUGGCGUUGAACCAGUUUUACUUCCCCUUGAAAAAGAAGGGGGCUGGGGCUCAACUCUUAGUUCAAGGGGAGCUAGUGGAGAGCUACUCCACAGACAUUGACAAUUAGCUUUUCCUCGACAGAGUGACUCCUCAGGGGCUGAACUGCUCUUAGUUUAGGUUCUACUUUCCUAGAAACAAUAGCAGCUAAGUCAGUGAGCCACCACCACCCUAUAACUAGUCACGGAGCUUCCAGACGUGAGGGAGGCCUAAGCCCGGGAUGGAAGCCACCCCAAGGGUCUGCAGGAAGGGCUGGAGCGCCCCCUUCCCCCUGGCAGGAGGCCGAGGCCACGUGAGGAAGCCCAGAGGCGCUGUAAGGAGGGAAGGGGGCACCGUCGGGGCCGCCCCCCUUUCAGCAAGUCCAGCCGCUUCUCUGCCGCUUGCAACCCUCUCACACAGUAACAUUUGCAAAAUCGCAGAUUUGUUUCCCCCAGAUAAUAGGAGGAAAGGGACUUUGGGGGGUGGGGAAGGGGUAGUGGUGUUUUAAAAGCAUAAGUUACCUGUUUGCACUGUUUUAAGAUAGGAAAACAUAGUGGGCAAGGUGAACAUCCAACGUGAUUUGUGUGUUUUUAUUUUGUCAUGCUCUUGAAAAUGUUUGACCAUUUGUAGUAUACACCAGUGAAACUUGAUUCUCUGUUGCAUAAAACACUUCUUUUAAAUUUUUUUUAUUUUAUUUUUUUGGAAAUGUUACUGUCCAAAAGCCUCUUCCCUCCGUCCCCCUCUCCCCGUGUACUUCCUUCACACUUGCUUUACUGAUCAGCCGGGCAAUAGCCACCUGAAAGCUAGAGGGUGAAGCAGGGCCCUUUCCAAGUAGACUCCGGGUGUCCUAAGCCAGCGUGCGCCCCCUGGCUUAGUGAGUGCAGUGAGUCCCCGGCACCUGUCUUUCAAAUGCAGCCUGCACACCAGCCUGGGCAAGUUCUCAAAUUCCGAAUCAAAUGCACGAGGAGCCAGGAGCCAGGAGCCGAGGGCUGGAGGGGAUUCCUCAAGUCCUGCCAGUCGCCCGUGGUAGCUAGUUCUUCUCCCUGUUACCGGGUCUGUAACCAGUUACAGUUCACUCAGGAAAACGGUAGAUCAAUUCAGCCAUGGUAGUGCUGGUUGGCAGGGACUGGUAACGGAGAGAACCGCUCGGCAGCCACGACUCAAACCCUGCCUUUAAGGAGACUGCCGGCCAGGGCGCUGGGUCCCCGCCUGGCAGGGACACACCAGCCGGUGUCCCCUGGCCAGCGAAAAGGGAGCAUGGCUUCUCUUUUCUCUCCCCGCCCCCUGCCCGUUACCAACGCCAGAGUCCCAGGGGGUACAGAAGUUUUUGCAUUUUUUAAACGUUUUUUGGUUUGGUUUUUCCGGGGACUGAUACAUGCUUUAAGCAAUGUCAACACCCCAUCAAGACCCCCAGCCUAGUCAUUUUCUUGUAUUUUUUCUGUUCACAGUAUUUGUGUGUGUGUGUGUGUGUGCUUGUUUUGGCAGCUCAUUUUUGGCUGUAUUAUAUAUCGAGUGACGAAUUGAUCUUUUUUUUUUUUUUUUGGGCCCCCUAAGGGAUAUGAAUUGUUUCUUUCUUGUGUUAUAAUUCUGCUUGUGAAUAGCUGGAGCAAACCUGGGACUGACACACAUAAGCCAGGGCUGCAAAGUGCCCAGAGAGCCAGUUGAGUUUCCUUGUCCCAGACAGGCGGACCUACUGAGUCUCUGAGCUUUUCAGCCCAGAUCUUUGCAAGGCUAGAAAUGCCACCGACCACACACCCCCCCCCCCCCGACUUUUCCCCCCAUCCCCGCCCCCAUGGCAGGGAUGGAACCAUCCCUACAUGCCACAUGCAGUUUCUCCGGCCCCCUCCCGUUGCCAUGGCAAAACAGGUACCUUUGGGGCACGGGGCAUCACAUGGGAUGCUUGUGUUAUCAACCACCUUGCCUUCCUCCCCUCCUCACCCCGCCCCCCCCCCAGAAUCACUUCCUAGGACACCGGAGCUGCUUGCCCAGGGUCCUGUUUCCCUGCAGCCUCCAGAGAAGCACCCAGGGCUUUGUGACAGUCUCUACUCCCCUCCCCUUCUUGUUAAGAAUCAUAUUGUAUAGUAGCUUUCAGACCAUACAGUAUUCAUUGGGUUAUUCCUAUUAUCAAGUAGCUGGAAUUGUGAAGGUCGGAGUAGUUAGAGCUUUAGCUUUUAUUCCUUAUUUUUUUGUAUUACUAUCCAUGUGUAUAAAUUAUUGAUCAUGUUGCUGGCUUUUAUAAACUCUAAGCGAAGGAGGAGCACCGCCUCUGCCUUUGCAAAUGGUAAUGAAGCACUGUUUUUAAAUAAAAGAGAGAAACACCA